GAAUAUAAAAAUUCCGGUCAUUUUAAGUCACAAAUCUAGUUAUGAAUCACAUGAAAAUAUUGAUUAUACAUAGGCUGGCAAAUAAAUUUUUUCCCAAAUAAACUAUUCAUCAGUUUUAUCAUUGUUGUCGUAAAAUUCAACUGCCUACUUUUUGCCAUGCUUUGUACCAAGAUAAUGUUAGUAGGUUAGGGAUUAUAGAAAUUCGAGGUGAGAAGAUUAGUGAUGUGUCACAAUUCGUGCGGACCUAUAUUUUGCACGAAUUAAUUCCUUAGAAAGAAAAAAGCUUAUCCAAAUUUCGUAAACAACAAUUUUUUAUUCUUUGUUUGGAAUAAGGUAUAAAAAUGGAAUUUGUGGAAGAAAAAAUACUUAAAAAUUCUUCUUUGACAAUUUAUAAACUUCUCUUGACACGGUGUUUGUUACCUUAUUUUGUGGAUUAUGAACUCAUUCGCUGUAAUUGUUUUGACAACUUGACUGAAUGUUUUAUAUUUUCAACGGAAAAAAAAUAUUUUUUUUGAGUCUCCUAUUAAAAGAAACAUUAAAAUAGGAAAAUCACGUAGUAAACUAACUUUGUUACGAUCAUAACUUUUUAUGAAGUUUAUAAUUGGAAAGAAAUCAACGAGUUUUUAGUAAUAUAAAUUUUAAUUACCUUGCUUGGAUUGCGGCAAAUAUGUUAAAAACUAUUCCGUCGUUUCCUGAAAAGUUUAAAAGCCAAAAAUGGGAGAGAUAUUAUUUUCCGAGGAGGUAUGUUUUGGUGUUGUUGGGAUUUUUGGGCAUGUUCAGUAUAUAUGCAAUGAGGGUGAAUAUCAGUAUGACUAUAGUGGCAAUGGUGAACCAAACGGCAGUGGCAUUUCCUAACAACUCACAUAGUGAAACCAAAGAGUGCCUUAAUUUGGAUUACGACAAUGAACUAGUUCAGAGCAAUGGAUUUAAGGGUGAACAGUACAACUGGGACACCACAACGCAGACCACAAUUCUAGGAUCUUACUAUUAUGGCUAUGUUUUGACACAGUUGCCUGGAGGCAUCAUUGCUGAAAAAUUUGGAGCCAAGUGGGUAUUUGGCUGUGGAAUACUGACUACAGCAAUAAUCUCUUUAUUAAUCCCUCUUACAGCCAGUUUUGGAAGUCUUGCUUUAACCUGCAUUCGUGUCAUCCAAGGACUUGCAGACGGCAUAACUAUCCCAGCAAUUAACGUCGCCAUAAGCAGGUGGUCACCAAAAAGUGAGCGAAGCAGAGUUUCUACCGUCAUCUUCUCUGGAGCUCAAAUCGGAACUGUAAUUGCUCUGCCUAUUUCUGGACUUCUCUCUGUGACAGAUGUCCUCGGAGGAUGGCCGUCUGUAUUCUACGUCUUUGGAUCCAUGACAUGUAUUUGGUUUGUAUUUUGGGCUUUCUUGAUCUAUGAAAAACCAUCCGUCCAUCCUGGGAUAUCAAGAGAAGAAUUACUUUUUAUAGAAUUAAACAAUGACGAACAGGAUAAAAAGAGACCUGCGAAUCUGUGGAAAAAUAUUUUUACUUCAAUUCCAAUGUGGGCCCUCAUUUUGGGCCAUUUCGGACAUAACUACGGAUUUAUUGUGUUGUUGUUGGAGCUGCCGACUUACCUCAGUACAGUACUCAAUUUCGAUUUGAAAUCGAAUGGUUUUUUGUCUGCAUUACCUUUUGUUGUUCAAGCUGCCGGCGCAUGGAUUGCAUCAUUUAUAGCUGAUUAUUUAAGGCACUCAAACAAGAUGUCCAUAACAGCUAUCAGAAAAAUGAUGAACUCUAUAGGUGAGUUCGGGCCAGCUAUUUGUCUCAUUGGAGUGACUUUUGCCGGUUGUCAACCAUCCCUCACCAUAAGUCUCCUCUGUUUGGCUCUAGCUCUUAAUGGCUGUGUUUAUUCAGGCUACAAUAUCACGCAUGUCGAUAUGUGCCCAGAAUUUGCUGGAACGUUGUAUGCAAUAACAAACACAAUUGCCAAUAUUACCGGAAUACUGGGUCCCAUGAGUGUUGGAGUCUUUACAGCGAGUGGUGCAACACUUGCAAACUGGAGCAAUGUUUUCUAUACAGCAGCCGCUGUUUAUUUGUUUUGCGGAACAAUCUUUGCAGUAUUUGGAUCUGCAGAACUACAAACCUGGGGAAGUGCAGAAAAUAAAUCAGAAAAAGAAGCAUCGAGUGAAAAGAAUUCUGAUGAAGUUGAAAUUAAAACGUCACUUUAAGUUCUAGCAUUGAAUUAAGAAGAACAAAACCCACCAAAUACUACUUAAGGAUGUUAAAUAAUAUUAAAUAAGGACCACCAGUUUAAGAAAACACUACCGAAGAAUGUGAAGCUGGAUUAAAUAUUGAGCAUUAAUUCAAAUUGUUUUUAGUAUAUACACUGUAAAAAAUGAAUACUCAAAUUUCACGAGACUUAUUUCGUCUUGAACGAAAUCGAGUCCUAGAAUAUGCUCCGAGCGAACAUUUCUUCAGAGUGACGAAAUAACUUUCGUCAUUUCUUGAGGGAAAUAAAUUUUGUAAAAAUUUAAAAAAAAUAUAUUUCAUCAUUCUAUUUUCAAUAGUCUAGUUUUCAUUCUAAUGUCACAAUCUACUACCAGAUAAAUGCUUAGUUCCGAAUUUAGGAGAUAUUUUCAUCAUACAUUUGAGAAUUCGUGCUUCGCCACAAAUCGCGUGAUUGCGUGACGAAAUGAUUCUCAAUGUUAACGAAGUAUAGCACAAUGAUUGUAGAAUCGUCAAAAGUGAGAGUCUUAGUUAUGAAAGUGUAUUUAUUUCAUUUUAUGUUAUUUAUUUGUUGCAUAAAUCAUAUUUUGUAUUUUUUAAGAAUGAAAAAAAAAUAAAAAGAGACAAUUUUUGUCUUCAGAUUUCUUUCUUCAA